ACAGAGACCAAUAAUCAUAUAAUAUCUUUAUUAAAGCAAAUAUAAAUUCAGGAAUGCAUAAGUGGAAAGGAUGAGUGGGAAAUAGUCCUUUGUGAAAAGGUAUGAAUAAGUCCAAAAAGAUGAAGGGAAAUGUCCAAUAUUAUUGUCCAAAGUCCAAAAACUGAAACACACUCAAACUGUUGGAAAGUUUGAGCGGGGAACAACAAGGAAACAAGGCUGAAUAACAAGGUCCAAAGUCACUAGGAGAUCGUGGAUACCAAAGCAGGAACGAGACGAAGCGAAGAUCAAACUUGAUUCAGGAACAAGGCAAGGAAGAGGAUUUACUCCCGUUCUAAUCGGGAGUCACGGCUCGGCUUGGCCGCCUGGAGAAGGAAACAUGGCUGGGUUAACACCAGGAGCUGGAGUCGGUGAACUGUUCUUAGGUAUUUGCUACAUUGACACCGCAAAGUGUUUGCAGCACAAGACACUUUUAUGGAACGAAGAUCAGAUCCCAACAAAGGGAAAUCAAACUCCCCAAAGGUUCCCAAGGGAAUCUUAUCCACAAUCCCCUCGAGCGGUUACUCCUUCGAAGCCCUUGUUUUUCUGAUCUCUGGCAAUGCAGAAACUCCCUUAGGUUGAAGGGCACGUACUCUGGGGAACUCUGGACAUCUGGUUCAGCCACGGGAGUAACAUCUCCACUAUCUCUCCCAAUUAAGGAAGCAUCUGAAUUAUCAACAGCCGGCAGCUGUAACUGAAAGGAGCUCUGAGGACUCGGCAAAAGCAUCCUCCUCAUCACACUUAGGAGUAUCAGCCUCCGCAGGCAACCCACAGCCACGCUUGUGACCUUAGCAGAGCCCCCAAGAUGCCUCCCAAAAAGAAGCUGAAGGCUCCGCUGCCGAAGUUCGGGGUGAAGCCCAAGAAGAAGAAGAAGGGUGGGGCGGCGUCGGCAGCGAAGGAGAAGGCCAUACGGAGCACGGUCCCCUAUGUCAGCGAGAAGGAGAAGUUCCUGGAGAAGGAGUUCGCCAUCCUGACGGAGCAUAUCCGCCUCUACACGGAGCGCGUGCGCCAUUUCCAGUGGGAGAAUGAGUUCCUGGACAAGGAGGCCCAGCGUCUGCGGGACACGAGCAAGGUCUACCUCUCCUACAUGACGCGCCGCAACCUCCGCUGCCAGAACGCCAUCAUCUCCCUGAAUGACCAGAACCGCUGGGACAUGGCCCAGAUCCGGAAGGAGAAGGCCGUGCUGGUCGCCCGAUACACAGUCACGGAGCGCGAGGUGCGGGAGGAGCUGCUGCGGCUGGAGAUGCGGCUGUCGCUGCUCUGCAAGGAUCUGGAGGCCCUGCGGCCCUGGCAGGAGCUGCAGCAGGAGCAGCUGGCCCGCAUCCGGGAGCUGGAGAAGGAGCUGCUGGCCAUGAAGGUCCACCACGCAGAGCAGAUGCACCGGCUCAAGAGCCGCUACCUGCAGCUGGUGGCCGAAUACGAGAUGGAGGCACGGCAGAAGGUCCAGACCAUGGCCAAGCUGGCCGAGAAGGAGGCCGUGCGCUGCCUCAUCCUGUAUGUCAAGCAGGUCAAGAUCGACAACCAGCACCUGCGCCACAGCCUGGUGGCCCUCAUCAAGCGGGUCCAUGACCUCAAGGCCUUCCUGGCCCAGCUCCAGGGCCAGCGGCACAUGCUCCUCCAGGAGCACCUCUACCGGCAGGAGCUGGCCCGCAGGCGCAGCUGGCUCUGGGACCCGGCCGCCUCCCGCCUGUCCCUCACCCCCGCAAGCGGAGGAGUAGGAGGCUUCUUCCGGUGCAGCCCCUCCGCCAGGAGCCGGGUCCUCUCCCCCAGGGCUCUGUCAAGGGGCUCUGCCCCAUCGGGCCCCCAGCCGCACGAUAAAGAUGAUGAUGGUGCUGAUGCUCCUGAAAGGAGCUCCAGAAGGCUGGCUAUUGCUCCUGAGCCUCUCCUGUAGACGGGUGGAGGGAGAGGGAGGGCUGUGUUUGUUUGAGGGCAAUUGAAUAGCCCCCUGCCCCCCUCCUCCUCCUCUCUCCACCCGGAGGCAGGCAGCCAGGUCCACCCCACGCUGCCCACCGCCUCCUCACCCUGGAGGGGGACCCAGCAGCAGAAAGAAGGGCCUGGAAAAGAAACACUUCCAUGAAGCAGCUCAAGAGAAACACUUCAAAGGGGCUCAGGCCAGCAGCCCACCUUCCAGCCGUGUGGCUUUCGUUUUCUGUUCUUAGUUCUGUACUGUUAAGUUCUGUUAGUUCGACAUUGUUAAUUUUGUUCUUGUUGUAAGUCUCUUGGGAACUACAUGUUGAAGGGGGCACUGAGAUAAUAAAAUUACUGCCGUUUA